CCUCCUCCUCCUAGUCCUUGGCUCCUUGCUCCUGCUCCCUUGUCUCUCUGCCCCCCUCACGCCGCCCCCGCUCCCGCCCCAGCGCACCCCCACCCGCAUUCUCCAGAUCUCCAUGGACCAGGCCUCGCCCGCGGACCCAGCCGCCUCCUGCUCGGCCUCCGCCUCCCCCUCCCCCUCCGCCUCUGCGGCGGCGUCGGCGGCGGCGUCGGCGUCAGGGGACGUCGCCGCGAUGCUGCCGGACUCGCCGCCGCGGCGCGGGGCGGGGCACCGCCGCGCGCAGUCGGAGAUCCUCCUCGGGGGCGCCGCGCUCCCCGACGACCUCACCUUCGACGCCGACCUCGGCGUCGUCGGGGAGGCCUGCGUGGCCGGCGACGAGGACGAGGAGGACGAGGACGAGGACGAGGAAGGGGGCGGCGGCGGCGCUGGCGGCAGCCGGAUGUUCGAGAUGUUCCUCGAGAACGGCGGCACGCUCGCCGGGCCGUCGGCGCACCCGCAUCCGGCGGCGACGGCGACGCCGCCGCCGCGGCCACGGCACCAGCACAGCAUGUCGAUGGACGGCUCCACGUCCCUGCUUGGAUCCGCCGCCGCGGGGACGCCUGGGAGGGCGGGCGCUGACGCCAAGAAGGCCAUCUCCGACGCCAAGCUCGCCGAGCUCGCGCUCGUUGACCCCAAGCGCGCCAAGAGGAUUUUGGCAAACCGCCAGUCAGCUGCUAGGUCAAAAGAAAGAAAGAUGCGCUACAUUGCAGAGCUUGAAAGGAAAGUGCAGAAUCUCCAGUCAGAAGCAACUACACUAUCAGCUCAGCUGGCCAUGUUGCAGCGAGAUACCACUGGUUUGACAAGCGAGAAUAGUGAUCUGAAGGUACGUGUGCAGACAAUGGAGCAGCAGGUUCGGCUACAGGAUGCUUUGAACGACAGGCUAAGAGACGAGAUUCAGCAGCUGAAGGUUGCAACAGGACAGGUAAAUGCCAACAUUGGAAAAAUGGGAAACUUUAGUAUGUCGUCAUUUGGAGGCAAUCCACAAAGCUACCAGCGGAGCCAUAUACAGUCUCUUCUGGCUGCUCAGCAGCUGCAGCAGCUCCAGAUCCACUCCCAACAUCAGCAACAGCAGACGCAUUUGCAGCAGCAGCACCAGUUGCUGCAGGAGGCUCAUCCAUUCCCGGUGGACCUAAAGAUGAGAGGGUUUGCCAUGUCAUCACAUGCUCAAAAUGCAGGCGCCUCAGACAGCCAUGCUGUCAAGAGUGAACCCUGACCUUGAGAUUGUCAGUUGUUAGAAAUAAUGUUUGCUCUGUCUGACUGAGCGAUUCAUGCAUCGCUUAGCGUGGUGUCUAGGUAAACUUCAGAUUGUUUGAGGCACUUAGUUUUUGUGCAGCCUGUAGCUCCCAUUUGGUUGUAAGCUUUAGUGCUGAUGGACCAAGCUGAGUCAUUUACCGUGCCGGAUGCUUAUUGUAACUAGCCAUGGCUUUGUCCCUGGAGCAGUUCGCGCAUCUGUGCAAGAGCAGAAUGACAAUGGGUCUUUGCAAUAGGUCAAGAUAAACCUUGUGUCCGUUACCCAAGAAUCCAAGGUCAAGAUAAACCUUAGCGCCAGGUCUAUAUGCCCCAGUUUCAGCAAAAUGGCAUGGACGAAAACAUUGCUGUCCGCUUGACCUGUGUAAGCAACUAAACAUGAUGGUCUGGACCACCUUAGCCUGUUGAUGGUCCUAGCUGUCU